AUGGUCAAGUUGAAGUGGGGGAUGGAGUACAAAGGGUACCUGAAGUCGUUUGACGACUACAUGAACCUGCAGCUGCAGAACAGCGAAGAGUGGGUGGAAGGAAACUUCAAAGGAAGUUUGGGGGAAGUUUUGAUUCGCUGCAACAACGUGCUUUAUGUUCGCCAGGUUCAGGCUGAAGAUGAGGCGGAAGAGGGGUCUUAA